AUGAUUGAAUUACGAAAAUGGCUUGGUAUUGCUCGUGGUGGAAGUAACACGUACUGGCUUCGGCGACGGUGGCUCACGGCGGCGAUUGAACUGACUCCAUCCGACAGCUGCUUGGUAUUGCUCAUGGUGGAGUUAACACGUACUGGCUUCGGCGAUGGUGGCUCACGGCGGCGAUUGAACUGCGACUCCAUCCGACGGCAGCUUGGUAUUGCUCGCGGUGGAGGUCACGUUCUGGCUUCGGCGAUGGUGACGAUGGAUACGACGGUGCCAUGGUUCUCGGCAUAUUCACUCGUAGUCAAAAAAUACUUUAUACGAUGGAUGAGAGAGUGUCCACGGACCCAAUUCGAUAACGGCUAA